AUGUACUAUUUGCCUGUUUACUACGAAACCAUCAAGGGAUUCAGCAGUCUCGAAAGUGGACUUGCUGUAUUGCCCGAAACGUUGUCAUUAGUCCCUGCAUCUAUUCUGAUCGGAUAUCUGGUAAGCUGGACUGGUAGUUACCGAUGGGCAACAUGGCUAGGCUGGGUGAUCUCAGCCCUUGGUUCAGCACUCCUGUACCUUCUCGAAUCAAUCACUUCGAAGGGUGUCUGGAUUUCUUUGAACCUCCCGAUUGGAGUGGGAAUGGGCCUACUGUUUGGAGCAAUGGGCUUUGCAGUCCAGGCAGCGGUAGACGUUGAGAUUGUCCCAUUGGCCGUGACCCUUUAUUCUUUUUGUCGUGCAUUUGGUGCCGCUCUCGGAAUCUCAAUCGGUACUGCAAUUUUCACCAAUGCAGUUGGGGGUCAAAAUUUGAGGUCCCGUAGCUUGGAAUAUAAUGGAGCUGCCUUUGUCAAGAACUCAUCCUACCAAAGGGGUCUUGGGGAAGACUCUUCCCCAAAUAAGAUUUCAACAUUGGCCAAUUCAGAGAUGACUGCUUUGCGACAUGUUUGGAUUUUCUGUGCAGUAUCCUGUGCUGUCGCACUGGUCGGAAGCUUUGGAAUUGAAUCCAUUUCUCUAGACCAACCGCUCGCCAAGAAGAAUGAUCAUCACCAUACGCCGUGUGAUCACCCUGAAGCCAUUGAACGAUUUAUGGAAGGGCUUGAGAGUGACCUGAGUAUGACCAAUUAG